CAGUUUCACCACCCUACUACUUAUUUAAGUACUAUGUCUCUUCUCCCUUUGAUUUCUCUUCAUCCCACUCUUUCUUUUCUUGCUGACAUAGUUAUAACACUCAAAUCAGGAUCAAUCCCAAGGAUAAUCCAUCGCAGUAUCAUCAUCAUAACAGGUGUCUUGGUGGGGGUGAGGAGGAAUAGUCUUGAAAAAUGUAUGUGAUUGAGAGUAAGGGAGCAGCGAUAAUCUGCAUGCUGCUGGCCCUUGUGUUUCUGGGGACAUGGCCGGCAAUCUUGGCCCAUCUCGAGCGGCGUGGGAGGCUACCUCAGCACACUUAUCUUGAUUAUUCUUUAACUAAUUUCUUGACUGCUGUUGCUAUAGCUUUAACAGUUGGUCAGAUUGGUGAUGGGAAGGUCAAUAUGCCUAAUUUCAUCACUCAACUUUCUCAGGAUAAUUGGCCUUGUGUUUUGAUGGCCAUGGUGGGAGGAGUGUUUCUCAGUCUUGGGAAUUUGUCCACACAAUAUGCUUGGGCGUUUGUUGGGCUUUCUGUCACUGAGGUCAUCACCUCCAGCAUUGCAGUGGUUUUAGGGACAACCUUGAACUAUUUUCUCGACGAUCGCAUCAACAGAGCCGAGAUACUUUUUCCUGGAGUUGGAUGUUUCCUCGUUGCAGUUUUUCUCGGAUCUGCUGUUCAUUUUUCCAACGCAGCUGAUAUUACAGCAAAACUCAGCAGCUUGUCCGAUUCUUGCAAAGACAUAUCAGGGGCUGAUGGCUCAUCUGAUUAUAGAGAAAUAGUUUCAUAUAAGGAUGAUGCGACGGACCUCGAACAUGGAAGUAAAAAAGAGGAAAAAGUAAGAGUCGGAUCAGUGGACUACCUUGUUGAGCUUGAGCACAACAGAGCAAUUAAGGUUUUCGGUAAGAGUAUUUGGUUAGGGUUGAGCAUAACUUUCUUCGCUGGCGUGUGUUACUCUCUCUUCUCACCGACGUUCAACUUGGCUACCAACAAUCAAUGGCACAUGAUGAAACGGGGGGUUCCCGACUUGGUUGUCUACACGGCGUUUUUCUACUUUUCGCUGUCAUUUUUUUUCAUUGCAUUGGUGCUAAAUGUCUGGUUCUUGUACCACCCUGUUCUUAACUUGCCAAAAUCGUCCAUAACAUCAUACCUUAAGGAUUGGAAGGGAAGGAACUGGGCAGUCUUGGCCGGCAUAUGCUGCGGCAUAGGCAAUGGCCUGCAGUUCAUGGGAGGGCAAGCAGCAGGUUAUGCAGCUGCCGACUGUGUUCAGGCUCUGCCACUUGUGAGCACAUUUUGGGGUAUACUAUGUUUUGGGGAGUACAGGAGAUCGUCGAGGAGGACUUAUGUUUUGCUAAUAAGCAUGCUGCUCAUGUUUGUUGUUGCAGUAGCAGUGCUUAUUGCUUCAUCCGGGCAUCGAAGAACUUAGCUGUUACUAAGUUUCAUAUGUUGCUCUGUAAUGAUCAAAGUCUUAGAUGUAAACUUAAGAUGCCACGUCGUCUGGUUAAUUUUAUUUACAACUGGCUUGGCUUACUGUAACUUCGACGAUAGUAUAAGUAGUACCUGGCCAUCAAAGGCCUUGAUGGCAGUAGAAGCAGCCUUAGUCGAUGUGCAAGUGACCAAGCCAAAUCCACAGUUGUCACGGUCAGACCAAGACAACCUCUAGCUGCAAAGCGGAAAGAAGUAUGGACAUUGAAGGUCUGGAGUUGAAAAGAUUGACAAUGUGCAAGACUAUAUGAGAAUUUUAUCUUAUUCAAAGUAGUCCAACAAUCACAAUAUGCAGGGAGACUUUUCAUACUGAAUCAAUUGUGCUAGCAAAGAUGAUACCUUCAACCACAUCUCUGUACUGAGAGAGAGUGAGUUUCGCUCAAACUCCACUCCAGUCGUCUUCGUACUGAGAGAGAGAGAGAGAGCUUUGUUCAAACUCAAGUCGCCGGUGCUGCACGAGAGAGCUACAAGAAUAUAACUAAAGAAAUAAGAAAAACAAAAGAAAGAUAUUUUCUCAAAAACUCCAGCUAAGAGCUUCGAGGAUGACAAGCAUUGCCUGAAAAAGCGAAGCAUCAGAAGAAGAUACUUGUGCACUAGCAGGCAGUUCUGUUCGUUAACAAAUUGUCGAGAAAGCCCAUCUUUGCACCUGUGCAUCAAAAGGCAAAGAGGAGGAGAAUUAGCAU